UGUCGAUCUUCAUAACUAUACAGUCUGCCAAUAUUAUAUAUUCUAUUUAAUAUUAUUGAAGGUAAUGGACUUGAAGGAAAACGAAAAAAUGAACGGUGAAAAAAGGAUUGGAGUAGAACAAUUCAAGAUAUUACUAGAUAAAAUACCACAUAUCUAUUAUUGUGGUCAAACAAUUACAGGGAAAGUCCUCAUUGAAUUCGACUCAAUAAUUGCUGUUGCAGGCCUUACGUUGAAUUGUAAAGGAGAAGGACAUGUAAAAUUUACUCAUCGUUACAUUGGAUUAAAAAAGAAAUGUGUUAGUGAAGAAUUGUAUCUGCAGCAUGAAAUAGAAUUGAUAAAAAAUGGACGUAGCGAAGUGGAAAUGAAGAGUAAUAUUUUUUCAUUCAAUCUAAACCUUCCAGAAAAACUACCCUGUAGCUUCGAAGGUCGUUAUGGCCGAGUACGUUAUUCAAUACAAGCCACUCUAGAUAUCAGUGAAAAUUUAUCAAUUUUUUCCGAUAAAUUGUCAUUUACUGUUGCUCCAAUUUUCGAUUUGAAUAAUCAUCCCCUAGCACCGUUACCGAUUAGUGAAAAUUAUACUAAAACAUUUAUGGGAUACGCUGAACCACUUACUAUAUCAACAUUCCUUCCUGUUCGUGGAUACGUUCCAGGUCAAACAGUUCCAUUAAAAAUAAAUUUGAAAAAUGAAUCGAAUAUCAACAUUAAAAAAAUACGAGUCGUACUAAAAAAGGUCGUUAAUUAUCGUUCAUUGGAAAAUGUACGUAAACAUAAAGAAAUUGUAGUGGAAAUUGAACAGCCUGUUGAACUAAAUUGCCUUGUUUAUGAUGCUAAAUUUGAUAUACCUGCAAUUCCGCCAACGGGGAUUAUUUGUAAUUUAAUUGAUAUUGAAUACACUCUAAAAGUUGAAGCUUACAUGGAUAUUAAUGAAUGGUAUUCCAAAAUGUUCUCUAAAAAUCCUAAAAUUCGAAUGAUUAUAAUUGUAGGAACAGUGCCUUUAAAAAAUUAUGAAGAUCCUUUAGAUACAGACGAUGAAUCUCUCCACGGAAUUGAUAAAAACUCAACGAUAAAUAAUGAAAAUGAUAAAGGUCAAGCUUUAGAAUUAACUUCUUCAGGAAAACUUCAAUAUCAAAGCAGUCGUAUUUAUCGAUCUUCAAAACCAGAUCAAGAUGAUCCAACUGGUGAUGAAGAUGACAGUGAUAAAAAUAAAAUAUUUACACCCAUGUAUCGAGUUUAUAAAUUUAAAAAUUCACAUGAAACAAUUCCAAAUCGUAGGAAAGUUUCAUCGACAAAUGAAAAAGAAGAAAAAGUAGAUGGAACAUAUCGUGAAAUCCAGAUGGGACUGGUUCAAUAG